AUGCACGCCGGGAGGCUCAUUCAGGAGCUCGCCGAUUACGAGAAGGAGCCUGACGCCAAUAAGGCCACCGUUGAGACCCUACAGGCCACGAUCGCCUUCGCGCCAUCCGACUCCCCCAAUGUCGACGCCUCCGUUAUCCCAGCCACUGAACCCAUCUCGCCAACAAAGCCUGCCCGGUGUCUCCUCCUCAUUUCGCCUGAAGGCCAAGCCGUCGGCAUGGCGUUGUACUUCUACAACUAUAGCACGUGGCGCUCGCGCGCAGGCAUUUAUCUUGAGGACUUGUACGUCCGAGAUUCGGAGCGCGGCAAGGGUUAUGGCAAGAAGUUGUUGAGCACACUGGCCAAGCAAGUCCUUGCCAUUGACGGAGCUCGACUUGAUUGGGUUGUUCUCAAGUGGAACGAACCCAGCAUCAAGUUUUAUGAGAGUAUCGGCGCUUACCCUAUGAACGACUGGGUCGGCAUGCGAGUAGACAACGAGGGCCUGAACAAGUUGGCCAACUUGACGGACUGA